UUGGAAGGGUGAAGAAAAGAAUGAGGAACGCCAUCUCCAUGGAAACGCGACCUCCGCUACUGCGCCUGCGUGGUCCGGCGCCAUUUUGGAAGGGGGACAGAGCUCGAUGACAGCGCUCCACUUCGGCUACUGCGCCUGCGCGGAAAAGGCAAAGCGGGAUAUCGAGACAGUCUCCGUAUCUGGUGGCCGAGAGGAGGUCACGUGAGCCAUCCAAGGCCGUGACGACACUUCCUGAGGGGAGAAGAGCCGUUGGCUGGACCGGAAGUGACGUCCGCGCUGUCAUUUCGCUUCCUCCCUUCCUUCUCGCGGCGGCCGCCGGGCGCGGUGUUGUUGUGGAUGUUGUGGUGAUUGUUGUCGGCGCCUCAGAGAGACAGAGAGAGAGAGAGAGAGAGAGGCGCCCCCCUCCCCCACCGGAACCGGGCCGAGGCCACGUGACUCCGAUGGACCGGUCGUCCCCAACGUACAUGGUUGCCAACUUGACCCCUCUGCACUCGGAGCAGCUCCUGCAGGGCCUGAACCUCCUCCGGCAGCACCAUGAGCUCUGCGACGUGGUCCUCCGGGUGGGAGACGUCAAGAUCCACGCCCACAAAGUGGUGCUGGCCAGCAUCAGCCCCUACUUCAAGGCCAUGUUCAGCGGCAACCUCUCGGAGAAGGAGAACGCGGAGGUGGAGUUCCAGUGCGUGGCGGAGGCCGCCCUGCAGGCCAUCGUGGAGUACGCCUACACGGGCACCGUCUUCAUCUCGCAGGACACGGUGGAGUCCCUCCUGCCCGCGGCCAACCUGCUCCAGAUCAAGCUGGUGCUGAAGGAGUGCUGCUCCUUCCUGGAGAGCCAGCUGGACCCCGGGAACUGCAUCGGGAUCUCCCGCUUCGCCGAGACCUACGGCUGCCACGACCUCUACCUGGCCGCCAGCAAGUACAUCUGCCGGCACUUCGAGGAGGUCUGCCAGACGGAGGAGUUCUUUGAGCUGACCCACUCAGAGCUGGAUGAGAUCGUCUCCAACGACUGCCUGAACGUGGUCACCGAGGAGAUGGUCUUCUACGCGCUGGAGUCCUGGGUCAAGUACGACGCACCGGAGCGGCAGAAGUACCUGGCCCAGCUGCUCCACUGCGUGCGGCUGCCCCUGCUCAGUGUCAAGUUCCUCACCCGGCUCUACGAGGCCAACCACCUCAUCCGCGACGACCACACCUGCAAGCACCUCCUCAACGAGGCCCUCAAGUACCACUUCAUGCCCGAGCACCGCCUCUCCUACCAGACUGUGCUGACCACGCGCCCCCGCUGCCCACCCAAGGUCCUCUGCGCUGUCGGAGGGAAGGCCGGGCUCUUCGCCUGCCUGGAAAGCGUGGAGAUGUACUUCCCCCAGAACGACUCCUGGAUCGGCCUGGCGCCCCUCAGUGCCCCCCGCUAUGAGUUUGGGGUCUGCGUCCUGGACCAGAAGGUCUAUGUGAUCGGGGGCAUCGCCACCCACAUGUGCCAGGGCAUCAACUACCGGAAGCACGAGAGCUCCGUGGAGUGCUGGGACCCGGACACCAACACCUGGUCCCCCGUGCAGAGCAUGAGCGACAGCCGCAGCACCCUGGGGGUGGCCGUCCUCUCGCGGGAGAUCUAUGCCCUGGGCGGCUACGACGGGCAGUCCUAUCUGCAGUCCGUGGAGAAGUACAUCCCAAAGGUCAAGGAGUGGCAGCCCGUGGCGCCCAUGAGCAAGACCCGGAGCUGCUUCGCCGCCGCCGUCCUGGACGGCAUGAUCUAUGCCAUCGGAGGCUAUGGGCCCGCUCACAUGAACAGCGUGGAGCGUUAUGACCCGGGCAAGGACUCCUGGGAGGCGGUGGCCCCGAUGGCCGACAAGAGGAUCAACUUUGGCCUGGGGGUGGCGCUGGGCUUCAUCUUUGUGGUCGGGGGCCACAAUGGGGUCUCCCACCUCUCCAGCAUCGAGCGCUACGACCCCCACCAGAACCAGUGGACUGUCUGCCGGCCCAUGAAGGAGCCCAGGACAGGAGUCGGCGCGGCGGUCAUCGACACGUACCUGUACGUGGUGGGCGGCCACUCGGGCUCCUCGUACCUGAACACGGUCCAGAAGUACGACCCCAUCUCGGACGGCUGGGUGGACACGGCCGGGAUGAUGUACUGCCGCUGCAACUUCGGCUUGACUGCCCUUUGAGGAGGGGAGGAGAGGAAGCGAUUGGGGGGCUCGGCCGUCCAUCCGUCGUCCGUCCGUCCAUCCAUCCCGGGGGAGGCUCCUCGGGGAAGGGCAUCGGGGCACGGAGCGCGGUCCCUGGGUCGCGACAGAUCCCGCCUUCGGGCCGGUUCAGGAAGGACGCGCGAAGGGCAGGACCUCUCCGGCACAGCAGGGCUUCGGGCCCUUUCCUCCCCCAAUUCCUCCUUCUAUCCCUGACCUAGAAGAAGACGUGGGGCCCUUCGAAGGUGUCUUUCCCACAAACGCAGUCUCUGGAGAGACCGUCGUGGCUUUGCAGGCUUUUUUGGUGAACAGUUCAUUAACCGAAAGAGCUGCAUUCUGUAAAUACAAGCCAGGUAUGGACCAACUUGGGUCCUCCCUUGAGGUGUUUUGGACUUCAACUCCCACAAUUCCUAGCCUCAGG